AACCAAGGAAAAAUAGAAAAAAAACCAAAAAUACCAAUGGAGCGACAGAUAGGAGGAGGUCCCACUUAAAAGAGGCCACCGGGUGACUAUGACCAUGGAGUUUGGAUUGGGAUCCAUCCCCUUCUAGAAUCUACACUCUCCUAUCUCCAGUCCAGUCUCCACCCACCACCACUCCCCCACACCCCGCCGGCGAUCGCGCGAUGGCGGCGGCCGCUCCCCCUCCCGCGACGGCGCUGGAGCAGCUGAGCAAGACCAAGAUGUUCGGCGGCCAGAACCUCCGCUUUCGCCACCAGAGCGCCACCCUCGGCUGCCCCAUGACCUUCUCCAUCUUCCUCCCCGCGUCGCCGGCCUCCACGCUCCCCGUGCGUGCCCUUCCCCGCUCGCCCCGGGACCGUACUCCCCGUCCCUGGCCUGGAGAUCAGACGACGCUUUCGUGGGUGUGGUGCAGGUGCUCUACUGGCUCUCCGGCCUCACCUGCACUGACGAGAACUUCAUCAUCUAACCGGAGGCUGCUUCUUGACGUCCACUCCAAGUCUCCUGGAUUGCAUUUGUUCCAAAAAGAUCGCUUCCGAAGGUUUCAUUCCGUUUGGACUGCAAUGAGUGAUUAUGAAUGA